AUGGGCGAGAAGCUGUACCGCUGUACCAUCUGCAUGAAGAGGUUCACCCACGAGUCCACGCUAUUUGGCCACCAGCAGGUUAAUGUGAUUUUGGAUGCAGAAACUGCCCACCUCAACCUCAUCAUCUCUGAUGACCUGAAGAGUGCUAGACUUGGAAACAAGUGGAUCCAUAUGCCUGACAGUCCAGAAAGAUUUGAUAGCUGCAUUUUUGCCCUGGGCUCUCCGAGCUUCCGCUCUGGCCGUCAUUACUGGGAAGUGGAGGUGGGGGACAAGACAGGGUGGGUCCUGGGUAUCUGCAAGGCAGCCACAAGCAGAAAGGGAACAAGCCAGCACCCAGACAUGGUGCUGUCGCCAGAGAAUGGCUACUGGGUGGUGAUGAUGAUGAAGGGAAAUGAGUACCAGGCAUCCACCUUCCCCCCGACCCUCCUGCGGGUGAGGGAGCCCCCCAGGCGUGUGGGCAUCUUCCUGGAUUACAAGGCUGGAGACAUUUCCUUUUACAAUGUGACAGCCAAAUCACACAUCUACACAUUCACCAGCUUCUCUUUCUCUGGGCCCCUUCAAGCUACCUUCAGCCCUGGGACACAUGGUGGAGGGAAGAACAUGGGUCCUCUCACCAUCUGUCCAGUCAGUGACCAGGGGCCUCACUGAAAGCCCUACACUUUGCAUCUCUCUUCCAAUUCCCAGCCUUGUACUUUGAACUUAUACUCUCGCCAGUUAUUAUUGAACAUACAUUGGGUUCUGGGUGCUUUGGGAAAUAUAAUAAAUCAGAGAAUAGU